AUGGGCCUCGACGCCGCGGAAAUCUCUGAAUUGGCGGCGCUCCAGCCGAUCCACACGGCCGUGAGCGGCGCCCGGGCCACCCAAGUGCCAGGGGCGGUCGACGAUGACGCUGCCGACACCGGCUGCGUCACACCCAAGGCGAGCGGCGGGCGAUCGGCCGCUGCAGGAGGUGCGGACGACGGCGACGACGCUGCCGCCGACAACGGCUGCGUCACGCCGAGGGCGAGUGGCUCCCUGGCCAUGCUGCCCAUGGCGCCACUGCUGCAAGACGACGGCGUCGACGCUGGCUUCGCCACGCCGCUGGCCACGGGUGGAGUAAUUGGGCCGCGAGACGGCUGCGCCGCUGCCGGCGACGAGAACAGCUUCACCACGCCGACGACGGCCGACAGCGCGCUGUUGCCGGCCACGGUGUGCCCGCCCGCGCCGCGGAAGUCGGCUCCGGCGCCGACGAGGAAGCGUGCUCUGCUCCAGCAGCGGCUCUUCUACCCGGUGCCGCACGACCUGGCCACCGUGUUCGUGGCCGUGCCGCAGUGCCCGCCGCCCGCCAAGAAGAUGCGGGCGCACGCCGUGGGGUCAUCCGCGCCGCUAGGCACGUGA